AUGGAUUACAGCAACAUGCCUUUGGAGGAAAAACGCUCGCACUACCGAUGUGGCAAUCGCUAUGUGACUUUAGACCAAGUACCACCAUGGCCAGAUUAUGUGAAGGCCAAUCAUCGGUUCUUUACCAGGGAAGGUACUGUAUUAUUAAUGUUAUUUUGUACCAUUAAAACCUUUCUCCACAUUAAAAAAUUUUCCCCUCCUCUGAAUUCCCCGCUCAUUAUUAAGCCCCCCCCCCUUUCUACUAAGACACCUUGCCCUUCCUAUUAAGAUCCCUUCUCUCUAUUUAGAGACUCUUCUCUUCCUCCUUAUUAAGACCCCCUCCCUUUCGACCUCUGCCCUUUCUCUAUUGACCUCUGCUUAUCUACAAAACAGUAUCCUCUAUUAAAAGCCGCUCUGCUUUGUAUGGCCCCACACCCUAAUCUUGUUUAUGACUCCAUUCCCUACUCACUAUUAAUGCCCCCUCUCUCUAUUAAGAUGCCCUCUCCUUUUUCUCCAGUGUGCCUCUCCUCCAUUAAACACUAGUGUAAUCUCAAUUUAGAAAAUUUUGUUCAUAAACGAGCCAAUUUUAUUGAAUUUAAAUAUAGGACUAAUUUCUUCUAUCAUUCUAGGACUUUCCUAGGAUUCUAUAAGAGCAUGGAAUUUUCUUCCUAGGGAUAUAAAACGUUUAUAGGUAGCAAUGAAAAUAUUAAGAAAACGAUUAUAGCUCAUUUUUUGAGGAAGAUGGACAGCUAUGAACUACCUUGUAAACAUGAAUAACUUGUAAAUAACUUAAUUGUAACUGAUGUGGUUGUAUUUAUAUAUUUUAUCUUGUAGUUUUCCUCACAUACUUGUUAGUUGGCAGUCCGCUUCAAUUGGGGGCUUACACCCCCUCUUAAAUCCCCUCCUCUCUUCCAAGAACUACCUCUCUAUCUCCCUCCUCUCCGUUAAUAUUGCCCCUCCCCCAUUCUUGAUUAAGACACCCCUCCCCAGUCUAUUAGGUAACUCAUACAGUACUAACUAGUCAUCUUUACCAGGCUGGCUUCAAAAAGAUUCAGAAUUUAUCACUGCCAAUGAUCAUAUAAACAAAAAAGUUUCAUUCUGGCUAGGAGAUAUAGCACAGCUUGAAAUUGAUGCUAUUGUGAAUGCUGGUAGGUUUCCUAGCUAGAUUUCCCAAGGUGGACAAACCAGGAAGCAUUGUUGUGUUUCCCAAGCUUUGAGCAACUGAGCGUGAGAACGUCAAUUUUGGCAAUAGGAAACAUAACUCGGAGCUUGACCUCUUGAGAUCUGAUAAAUAAAAUAGAAAAGAAAAUGUUAUAGAAAAGAGACACCUAUUAUAUCUGGUGGGUAAAUAUUGUAAAAAGAUACUGGGAAAAAUUGAAAUUUUCUACUACAGUAUACUAGCGUGCACAAGAUCUUUUGACCCAGGUUUGCAGUUAGCUCCAGUCACUCGCAGGUAAUGCAGUUACCUCGGAUCCCAAUAUCUGACACCUGUGAUAAAAAGUGUUGUGAAGCCACAUUUAUUAUUUUUUUCAGUGAAUAUCAGUCUUUCUGGAGGUAGUGGAGGUAGGUUGUGUUCGUCAGUGGCGUCUUGUGGACAGGUUUUGAUGAAAAUCUAUCUUGUUCGUUUACACAACGUUUACUUACUGUUUAGUCAAUGGUCAUAUUCAUCGAGCUGCAGGCGAGGAACUUUUGGAGGAAUGUAGAGAAAUGAAUGGAUGUGGCACUGGCAAUGCCAAAAUUACCUCAGGUAACCUCCAACCGGAAAUUUGAAGCCAAACCUGAAGGCUAGUCCCAGUCUUUUCACGCAUGCGACGAGCGUUCAAUCAGUCAAUCAUGAUAUAAAUACGCGUGACGUAACCACGCGUUCCAGUUAUAUUCAUUUCAAUGGUACAAUAUUUUUGAAAAUUUAACCUUUGAGCGCCAGCGCUCUCCACUUGAUGAGUAAAAUUGUCGAGCGUUAGACGGAGUAAAGUCUGUAAUAAAAUAGGGGGCAUAAUGCAAGUUUAAAUUUCUGUACAAAGUCCUGGUCUAACGAGGAUGAGAGUUGCAUGAGAUGAUGGCAGUCACACAUUCUUACGGGAGACAUUUCAAGCUUUAGAUGAACAAAAUAAAGGUUUAAUGAGUGUUCCAACUACGUUUUAAAGCAUUAAGAACAGCCAGCCAAGGUCACGUGACUGCCAUCUCUCAUGCACUCUAAUCCUCGUUUCAUCUUGGUUUAUAACUGUCUUCCUUUGUGGUAUUAAUGCGUGUUUUCGUUUUCUUUACGACAGGACAGAAACUUCCAGCUAAAC